CUUUCAUAAAGUGAGGGGGAUUGACGUGCUUUAAAUGGAUAGAAGGGUGUAACAGGUAGGAGCUGCUCUCUGCCAGUGUUGCUUUUGAGGAAGUGCUGGCGCUUCCUUCAGAAUCAAGGAGGAGAGGGCGUUUGUUAACUGGAGCUGGAGCCGCUUCCAUUCAGCUGGGAGUACCAGAAGGAUGUAUACAUUACUGUCAGGCCUGUGGAAGUACAUGUUUCAGAAGGAUGAAUACUGUAUACUAAUCCUGGGAUUGGACAAUGCAGGCAAAACAACCUUCCUGGAGCAGACAAAAACUAAAUUUAGCAGAAACUACAAAGGAAUGAAUUUAUCAAAGAUAACUACGACAGUUGGCUUAAACAUUGGCACCAUUGAUGUUGGUUCAGCGCGUCUUAUGUUCUGGGAUCUAGGAGGACAAGAAGAACUCCAGUCAUUAUGGGAUAAGUAUUAUGCAGAAUCCCAUGGUGUAAUAUAUGUAAUUGAUUCAACUGAUGAAGAGCGAUUGUCUGAAUCAAAAAUAGCUUUUGAGAAAAUGAUCACAAGUGAAGUACUUGAAGGAGUUCCACUGUUGGUCUUGGCUAACAAACAAGACAUUGAGACCUGCCUCUCAGUUGGAGACAUAAAAACAGCUUUUAGUGAUUGUGCUCCAAAAAUAGGGAAGAGAGACUGCUUGGUGCAACCAUGUUCAGCACUUACUGGGCAAGGCGUAAAUGACGGCAUUGAAUGGAUGGUUAAAUGUGUGAUUAGGAAUAUUCACAGGCCACCAAGGCAAAAGGAUAUCACAUAAAGCACUCCUCCAAAAUGUCAGACGAGGCAUGAAGUCUCCUGUUGGUUUAGAAUGCCAAAUAGAAAUUGAGCCAGUUCUAUGGAUCUCCAACUUUUACAAGCAACACCACACAUGAAAAUAGACUGUGUCAUCCCCAUUGAUCUUUUCUUUAAAGUUUAUUUCUCACUUCACCCACACCUCUCUUUCAUUUUGUGGAGAUCUGUAUCUUCUUUACAUUGUAUUGUUUUGUACCCAUUAGAAGAUCAUUGGAACAACCCUCUAGUUUUUUUUCCUUAAGUGCAAAAGAAAGCUUCCUGAAGACUGAGUUUAAUGAGUGAUGGAAAAGUGCAGAUAGAAAAGAUUCAGGUUUCAUGUCAUAUUUGGAAAUGCAAGAGAUUGCAGGUGCUGGAAUCUGAAGCAAAAACCAAAUUGCUGGAGGAACUCAGCAGGUCAGGCAGCAUCUGUGGAGGGAAAUGGACAGUUGAUAUUUUGGGUUUCGACCCUUCAUCUGGAAGGUGAAGGGUCUUGACCCAAAAAUGUCAGCUGUCCAUUUCCCUUCAUAGAUGCUGCCUGACCUGCUGAGUUCCUCCAGCAGUUUUUUUUAAAUGUUAUUUAUUUACUUAGCUAAUCAUAGUUGGAGUGCUGUUAGGAGCACAGAAACUAAUUCCAGCACCCUUGGUCAAGAUUCAGACACCCAACUGCUAUUCAGUAAUCCCUUCUCGAAGCACACGGAUCAAUGUGGGAUGUGGAUAUAACUGGACUUCUACAAUCAACCCAUAAGUCUUACUAAGGGUUAUUCAUGAAUAAAGGUUGUCUGGCUAGCUACAAAAUACAUUUAUCACCUGUCCAACAAUAGUUCAUUAGGUAAGUGGGGGGAAGAGUAGAAGAGGGCAAAUAAUGGUUUACACAAGACUAGUCCUUGAUAUUUUGGGUUAUUACAUGAGGUAAAGUAAUCUGAUAUGUAAUUUUAUACAAUUUUGUUUUGGGUAUUUAGUUCAACUUGGAAACAAAGAGGUAUAUUGCUUAACCUAUGAUGAAACUUUUUGAGGAAAGACAUUAGAUUGUCUACUGAAUAACUUUAAUAGGACUGCUGUUAACCGAUGCAGGGUACAUGACAUGAGAUUGCAACAGGAUAGUCAUGAUAUUUAAAAUGAGAGUUGAGGAAAAGCCUGGAAACUUUAUUUCUCUGAGCACCACAUCUUGCCAGUUUGGGAACCACUGAACUAGGUGAAAACCAGAAAUGCAAUGUGCACUUUUAUCUAUAUAUUUUUUUGCUGUCAUCAUCAUUUGAAACAUUGGAGCUAACACUUAUUCUCUUUUGUGUCUAUUAAGUAUUGUUGCAAAUCUGCUGUUUGUAGCUAGUCCUCGCAAAGGGCACUUUUUUAUUUUGGCUCGGGACAAAGAUUGAGGCUAAAUAUCUGAACAACAUUAAUACUUUCCUGAGUUUUAAUAUUAACUAUACAAAUUUUUAUUUUUGGAGUUGUUAUCCAAAAAUAUCGGACAGUAAUUGACUGCCAAAAUGAGGUUCCAAUUAUUCUCCUCUAUCUUUUGUAAUGGCUUAUUCAAAUUUAAAAAGUAUCGUGAUCUAUAAUGUAAUGCAUUCCAUUUUGUAUUUAACAAAUAAAAGUGUUCCCUGGUUUAA